AUGGCAGUCAAGUGCACCAAAGAAGCCACCCAUGCCAACGGCAUCUUCUGCUGGUUCCAUGCCAACCAGGUCUACGGCCUCUACAAGGGCUACAAACGGCGAAAUGCUGCACUCGACGCACUAGAGGCCAAUCCUCCGACUUACCUCAAGACAUCCAAGGUUCCUCUUGCGAACCAGACCUUUGAGGACGUCAACGACCAGGAGACUCUCCAGGAACUGCAUUCACAUCUCUUCAACAGAUAUGUCCUCACCGGAAAGGUCAUCGAUGCUCGCAAGCUCCACCACACGCACUUCUACUCCCUCCAGAUCGACUAUGGCCACCAGGCAUACCUCGACAAGCUCAGCAGCAACCGCCACACCAUUCUGCGCGCUUUGGAGAGGCUGGAAAGGCGAACUGCUGACGUUCUUUAUCAAAAGGAGCAAUGGUUCGCUUGGGUUCGCGCGGCACAGGAAGAAGAGGAGCGCCACCGUGAAAAGGAACAGAAGAGGAUUAAGCAAGAGGCUGCCUUGUUCAAGCGUCACCGCGAGAAGCUGCAGGCCAGACUCGAAAAGGCCAGGCGAGAAGAGGAGCUGCAGAGCCAGGAAGCCUACCUCGAGGCUGCCUACCGUGGACGCAUGAUGGCAGCAGAGCAAGGGGACACCGACGAGAUGUGGGAUCCUAUCAAGGACACGGAUCACGACAAGCGCAAUCAGUAUAUUGACCUGAUUAAGCACUUUCUUUGGAUGGACGUUGGGAACCCCGACGACAGCCAGGGUCCCCCGGCUGAUCCAACACCCGCGGCUGCAGAGGUGGCUGCGGAGGUGGCUGCAGAGGCUUCUGCAGAAGCCCCCGCGGCAGAUGAGGGCCAAAAAACCUCCAAGAGAAGCAAGAAAAAGGCAAAGGCCAAGGCGAGUGCUGCCAAUCCUAGCGACAGCAGCGAUUCCGGCGCCUCGGCAGCCGAUCGAGGUCAAAGCAAGCUCAUGGCUAUGCAGGGAAGCAAGGUAAAAGAAGCGGCCGCCGACGAGCAGAUGCCCGACAAAAACAACAUUGAAACGGAGCAGGAGAUGAGGAAACGUCUGAGCCAGGGAGUCGACAAAAAGCUUGAUAAUAUUUCCGGCUUUCAGCUCGUUGGGUCGUUGGAGAAUCCCCACGAGACCCAUACGAGAACGGCACCCAUGACCAACGACGAGAUUGAGUCGGUCAUUAAGGACAUCAGGGAGAUCAAGCUGCUGCUCUUCUGCCGCCUCUUGCUUGCGCAAGCCUCCAUGUUGCCCGCAGCGCUACGAGCCGGUAGUGUGGAAGAGUUCCUCAACGACGCUGACCUUGUCGACUCAGACCUGCGGGAUCUCUGUCUGAAGCUAGAAGACCCCUCUCUCCAGGAAAUUCGAGAUGCAUGCGCCGAUUUUGCACGCCGGGAUGACACAGAAGACGACAUUGACUAUGACUCUGAAGAAUCCUCCGAUUCGGAAGAUUCGGAAGCCGACGAAGACACGCUUCGCGAUAUGAUGACCGAUCACAACCGCUACCGUCACCUUGACUACGGGGAUUGGCUGAUGAACAAGAUCGCUGACCGCCAGUCAAAGUUUCUGCCAAGGACGGAGAAGAAGACACGCUCCCGACCGCCGAAAGCUCGAGUGACGAUUUGCGGCAAGAGUGUGUGGAAUCACGCCAGCGAAAAGGCAAUGUCUCGAGACGGCUGGCUGCAGUUCUCCAUCAUUGCCAAAGACUGCGAUCUGAAGCAUGCUGUUGAGCUCUGCCGCAACUGGGCUGAGUUCACCGACCUCAACCUCCUCACCCUGUGGCAGUACUUCCCAGCUUCGAACUGGACGUCUUGGGCUAGCAACAGGCUUAUCCAACAGCUGCAGGAGUUGCAGUAUUUCCCUUACUUUGUCGAUCUCGAUGCUCAGAAGAACACUCGCCAUUUUCAGGUCGGCGGGCGAGGCCGGGUGCGUCGCCAGCACGACAUAGUCGAGGCCAGAAACAUCAUAGUUGGCCACAUGAAGCGCGGAGAUCCAGUCACCCGGCGCUUUCUGCAGUAUCUCACGAUGCGGACUGGGGAGUUGCUUGUCCUGGUGCGUGACGGUAAGACUGGCCGCGUCAUAACAGCGCCCCCUGAGGAGCAUCUCUGGACCUACCGUAGCAAGUCAGGCAUCGGGAGAGCCUCGAAGAACGAAUGGAAGAACGUGCUGGAGGUAGGGCCUGGAUAUUUCUACAUGACCGAUGUCCUGAGGGAAUGGCGCUUCUCAUUCGAUGACUACUACGACGUCUUCAUCUGGAGCUUUGUGCCUGGUCAAUCACCGCUGGAUAUGUAUAAUGUUGUCAUAACGGAACUUCGCACGGCAUGGCGCAUCACGCACCCACGAGAGGUGUACUCGCAUAUGGAGCCGCUUUUACGAACCUUGACCAGGGAAAAAGAUACCAUGCGCACGCGCAAGAUCAACCCCGGCGAAGAUGUCCAGAGUCUCUGGGACACGGUGACUGACGAAGCCGUGGAAUUCUGCCUGUUCGACGUCAAAGACGAGAAAGUAACUUGCCGGACCACCAGGGAGCUGGCUUCAUCCCCGUACCUCUUCUACAACCAAGCAAAUGUUGUAGAAGACGAGGUUCUGUUUCCAGACGAGUUGGUCAACCCCAGAGACAAGGUGCCAUUCCGAGAAAUCAGAAAUGCCAUCACUCGCUUGGAGGCUCCCAUGCUCCCGAGUCAUGUGCGUCAUUACGAAAAGGGCAUCCAGGCAAUUUGUGACGGCAAUGAUCCGUUUUCCGUGCUUGAUGGGGUAACGGAUAAGGAUGAGGAUAGCAUCUGGGCGCUUCCCAAGCUCUGGGAAUCCGGCUUGCGGCAGCUCCUUGGAGGAAAUCUUUCAGCUGAGCAGCGCAGGCUUCUCAAGCAGACCGGCCUGAACACCAUCAGGGAGAGCCAGUUGCUGGAGGACCGAUUCGAAACUGCAGAGCGCCUGGAAAUUAUGGAACGUGACAGAUCCUUCCGUAAGUCUUUCAAGUCAGACAAUUCUCGCAGGUGGAGAUGCUAA